UUAAGUGAAAAUAAAGAAGUACGUGAAAGUUUUUUAACAAUUCAAUUUUUUUAUAAAAUACAUUUGCAAUUAAUGUGCAAAAUUUAUAGCUAAAUUAAAAAAUUCAUAGAAAAAUCGAUUGCCAUUACAAUAACAACUGCAUAAUUAACAGGAACAGCAACAAACGUGAUUAAAAGUGUGUUUAAGUUUUAAGUUAAACAAAAAAGUUUAAAAUUCUAGUGGUUUCCAAUGAGAAACGAUUGCAAAAGGAGAAAAAAAUAAAUAAUAAAAACAAAUAGAAUAAUAAACAAAUGCAAUAAUAACAAAAGUCUACAGAAAGAAUAAAAUUAUUAAAGAUAGGUAAUUAAUACAACAAAAGAGCAGAAAGUACUUGUACUCUGUAAAUUUGCAAGAAUGAAAUCAAAAGUGCUUAUUCAUUUAAAAUUGCAAUAAAUCAAAUUGUUGGUGUAUUUUUAAGUAAAUAAAUAAAAAUCAAUUAAGAAAAGUUGUUUUCUAAAAACGCCCUAUAGAUUUUUUUUGGAAAAAACUAGUUUCCAUUACAAAUUUAAACUUGAUAAAGCAGCUGCAUAAAUAUUUGUAAUUUUCGCUAAAAAUUCUUACAAUAACAGUCAAUCUUUAGAAGAAGAGAAUUAAUAAUAAUUUACUUACAACUAUAAUAAAACAACAAUAAUAAUAUAAUACACAACUAGUACAUAUUGUAUUCCCUAAUUGACCGCCAGUCCCCUGUCAAGGUUAAUCUGACAAACAGAUAAGAAAAGAACAACGGCAACAAAAACAACAACAACAAAAAAAUAAUCAUACGUAUCAAAACUAAACCAGAGCGGGUGGAGGAACUUGACGCCACCACACAAACACACACCACAUACACUUGGUGUAUUUAAUUUUUCUUGAACAAAUGUCAGUCAGCAUUAUUUUUCUCAUUUUAUCAUCUUUUUCAUUUUGUUGAAAAUUGUAAAUAGUGUGAACACCACCGAGUCAACAACAACAAACUAACCUAAUUAUGAGAAAGGGCAAUACAAGGACAUUUCAUGGUAAAUUGUAACCAGAGUCUUGAGAAGGAAAACAACUAGCUACCGAAACACUUAGAAUUCAAAAAUCUAGACAAGUGACUCAUUUAUAGAGUAGACAUAAAUAGCUAAAAAUAGCCGAAACAAAAAAGAGACUAGCAUAUGGAUUCUCAACAAGUGUUUUUGGUGCCGCAAAUACCGCCACUACCCCCUGCCUCUAGCAAAGUCUAUCAGCAACAGCAGACAACUACACAAAUGUUGCAGCAGCAGCAGCAACAACAGCCACAACCGCCACAGUGUAGUAUUUGUGGUACAACACAAAAACUUUUACGUUGUGCCAAAUGCAAAGCCAUCUACUAUUGCUCCACAGAUCAUCAGCAUCUAGACUGGCCUACACAUAAGCAAGAAUGUCGUGCGUUGGCCAAACAAAGACAAAUAAACAAUCGCCUGCAGCAGCUAACCAAUGGCUGUGGUGCCAUAAAUAUUAAUGCCCACUCAAAUUCCUGCAACAGCUCAACAUCUUUAACCUCAAGUUGGUCUUCAAACUACCCUUUCACACCUGCCAAUGACAAUCUGCAUCAACAGCAACAAAAUUUUAAAUCCAAACAACUUGACGGCUCCUUUGUGCUUGGCACUCAUGAAAAUGAAAUUCUUAAUAGUAAAGCCGAAACUGUGACACAGAAUUCAAAUAGUUCUGAGUAUAUGGGUAAUAUUGAUGCUAAUUCCACUACUACCGAUCAAAUGCAUAAUAUUAUGCCACCAAAUCCUUUAGAUCCUUCUUACGGACUCGGCAUUCAGCCAUACAAUGACAAUAACUACUAUUAUCAUACUAUGCCUACACAAUUAGAUAAAGGACAAUUAGACCAAACGUUACUAAGUCAAUUAGAGCAAAGUCAAUUUAAUAAUCAGAGUGACACUUUAGUGGGAACAACUUAUACCCCACCUCCUCCUAUACUUGAUCAACAACAACAGUCAAAUAAAAAUCUUCAGCAAAUGCCUGUUCAUCAGCAGCCACAGCAACCAGGGUAUAUGCCUCAGCCCCAAACUUCGCUUCAAUAUCCUGUUCCUCAACUUAGCAACUAUUUAAUUAAUCAACAUGAAAAAAGUUCCAGCUAUCAAAUUGGUGCUGCCGUUGUCGAUGAGAAUCUUUUCGAAAAUGCCAAUGAACGACGCUAUGAAGAAUUAUGUCGUAAUAUUAUUAGUGAUAUGAAUCAGUAUGGCCUCUCGGUGGUAGAUGAUUUCUUGGGUCGUGAAAAAGGUCUACAAAUCUUAAAUGAAGUACAUAAAAUGUAUUCAGCCGGUGUCUUUAAAGAUGGUCAAUUAGUUAAUAAUAUGAAAUCUGAACAAGAUUUACGUACAAUACGUGGUGAUAAAAUAACAUGGGUUAAGGGUGUAGAACGUGGCUGUUCAAAUGUUGGUUAUCUAAUAAAUCAGAUCGAUGCUGUUAUAUGUCGAGCAAAUAGCAUGAGAAAUAAUGGCAAAUUGGGUGAUUAUGUUAUAAAAGAAAGAACAAAGGCCAUGGUAGCUUGUUAUCCCGGCUCUGGAUCUCACUAUGUCAUGCAUGUCGAUAAUCCUAAUAAAGAUGGUCGUGUUAUUACCGCUAUUUACUAUUUAAAUCUCGAUUGGGAUUCAAGAAAUAGUGGCGGUGUCUUAAGAAUCUUUCCCGAACAAACAAAAUCUGUGGCGGAUAUAGAACCCAAAUUUGAUCGUUUAAUAUUCUUCUGGUCAGAUAAAAGAAAUCCUCAUGAAGUACAACCUGCCCAUAGAACACGUUAUGCUAUUACGGUUUGGUAUUUCGAUGCCAAUGAACGUGAACAGGCAUUAAAUCGUUGUAAAAAUUCUCAAAAUUCUAAUAAUGCUAAUAGCGUCCUAACAAGUAAUACUGGCUCAGCGUCUAGUAAUAGUAAUAUAGAUAAUAAUUCGACAGAUGAUACAGCAAAUACUACUUCCUCCUCCACAUGUCCUGCGUCAACACCUGCCUCUACUCCUAAUACACAAUCCUUAGCAGCAACAACAUCAUUAUCAUCAUCCGCGUCAUCCUCAGCAGCAACAACGAAUGAUAUUUCAAAAAAUCCUGCGGCUACAACAAAUACAACAAUACAAAAUUCCACAAGACCCAUACAAGUGGUGCGACCAAAUUCUUAUAAAUAACAAAUCCUUAUUUUAUGAAAUUGUAUAAAACAAUAAUUAUAUUGUAAUAAGGCAACAAAAAAAGGGUCUUUACUAAUGUGAAACACUAAUCUUUUUCCAAACACUAAUCUUUAACCAAGUGAUAUACGCAAAUUAAAAAGAAGAAGACCCUUUGUUAUUAACUCCUUAAAUUACGCUUAAAUUUUAAAAAUCAAACCAUAGAGAAUACUGAAUACAAUAAGUGUAUUUAUUAUUAACACAAUACAGACAAAUAUUUUUAAUUUCUGCUAAAAAAAACAUUUCAGAAUUAAGAAUAUUCAUUUGUAUGUACCUUUUCUAUAAUUUAAACAGUCAAACUAUCAUUGUAGUUGUAGUUAAAUGAAACUAAAAACAAACAAACAAACAAACAAACAAAAACAGUCAUUUACAUAAAACCCAAAUUAUAUUUGCUAUUAAUUUAUUAAGUUCCAAAAAUGUCUAAAAAAAACAAAAACAAAACCCAACCCUACAAAAGAAUCUUCUAUAUUAGUAGAUUUAUUAAAACAUUUUCUAAUUAUAUUAAAACUUUAAACAACAACAAAAAUGCUACAUUUAUACAUAAAUACUUUUCUUUAGCUAGAAUAACAAAAAAAAAGUAUUAAAAUUAUUUAAUAUU